AUGACAUAUCCCCUGAUUCUGCCCCUUCUCUUGCUGGGGACAGUUACUGCUCUUCAUCCGAAGAACGAUGCCUCCAAACUGGAGAGCCUAGAGACAGUAGCAGACCUGAACCAGGAUCUGGAAGGUUCAGGGGAGCAGGAAGGAGAGUUUGCCCUGACUGAGAAGGUGAUUCAGUCUGAGGGAGAGGAGGUAGAGGCCUCCGGGUAUGAAGACGACCCUGAGGAUGAGGAAGACAUGGAGUCGGACUCAGAUGCCUCAGACAAAGACUUGCAGUGCCCCAGAGAAGAGGACACAGCUCAAGUGCUGGGCAGCCCUGGAUGCAAGACCUGCCGAUACCUGUUGGUGCGGACCCCCAGGAAAUUUAGGAAAGCUCAGAAUAUCUGCAGGAGGUGCUACCAUGGCAACCUUGUCUCCAUCCACAACUACAGCUUCAACCAAGUCAUUCAGUGUGCCGUCCGUGGGAUCAACCAGGGCCGGGUUUGGAUUGGAGGCAUCGUCAAGGGCUGGUGCCUGUGGAAGAGGUUUUGCUGGACUGAUGGAAGUUGCUGGAAUUUUGGAUACUGGGCCCCAGGGCAGCCUGGGAGGGGCAAAGGCCGCUGUGUGGCUCUAUGCACCAAAGGAGGCCAUUGGAGACGAACUCGAUGCAGAAGGCGUCUGCCCUUCAUCUGCGCCUUCUAA